CGUCAGACGUCACGUCCGCUCUCGGUGCGAGUGAGCCAAGAUGGCGGACUCGGUGUCGGCGGGGCUUGGAGAUGAAAAAGAGACGGAAAAUGAAGAUAAGGAGAGGGAGAAAGUGGGUUUCCGGGCUACGGCUAAGACAGAGAUAAACAGUGGGGCUUCAGAGCUGACGGAGACUUUGGGGUUUUAUGAGAAAAAAGCCAACAACCGGGACAAGCGCAGUGUUUCUGACCUGUCUCUGCUGCGGUUUGUCAGAGCUGAAUUGACGAGAGGAUAUUUUCUGGAACACAAUGAGGCCAAAUACACCGAAAGGAGAGAGAGAGUCUAUACCUGCCUGCGCAUCCCCAAAGAACUGGAGAAGCUGAUGAUCUUUGGCUUCUUCCUGUGUUUGGAUGCAUUUCUCUACGUGUUCACACUGUUACCCCUCAGAGUGCUGCUGGCACUCAUCAGGCUGCUAACGCUGCCAUGCUGCGGACUCAGGGCAAGUAUAUGCCCCUACUGCAGAAAAAGAAGUGGCUCUCGUCUCCUUCAGCCCGCUCAGGUGUGUGAUGUGCUGAAAGGCUUCAUCCUGGUUCUGUGUUACUCCAUGAUGCACUAUGUGGACUACUCCAUGAUGUACCACCUGAUCAGGGGGCAGUCAGUCAUCAAGCUCUACAUCAUCUACAACAUGCUGGAGGUGGCAGACCGAUUGUUUUCGUCCUUUGGGCAGGACAUUCUGGACGCUCUCUACUGGACAGCCACAGAGCCCAAAGAGAGAAAGAGAGCUCAUAUAGGUGUAAUACCCCACUUCCUAAUGGCUGUCCUUUAUGUCUUUCUUCAUGCCAUUCUGAUCAUGGUCCAGGCCACCACCCUAAACGUGGCAUUCAACUCCCACAACAAAUCUCUGCUCACCAUUAUGAUGUCCAACAAUUUUGUUGAGAUCAAAGGGAGCGUGUUUAAGAAGUUUGAGAAGAAUAACCUCUUUCAGAUGUCCAACAGUGAUAUCAAAGAAAGAUUCACAAACUAUGUGCUCUUAUUAAUUGUAUGUCUUAGAAAUAUGGAGCAGUUCUCUUGGAACCCAGAUCAUCUGUGGGUGCUGCUUCCUGACGUGUGUAUGGUCAUCGCCUCGGAGAUGGCUGUGGAUGUGGUGAAACACGCCUUCAUCACCAAGUUUAAUGACAUCCCAGCAGAUGUGUAUGGUGAAUACAGAGCAAGCCUGGCCUUUGAUCUGGUCAGCAGUAGACAGAAAAAUGCAUAUACUGACUAUAGCGACAGUGUAUCAAGGAGAAUGGGCUUCAUCCCUCUUCCUCUAGCUCUACUGCUCAUCCGGGUGGUAACGAGCUCAGUGAAAAUUCAGGGCGCCCUCUCCCUCGUGUGUGUGAUACUUUUUUAUCUCGGUAUGAUCACGCUAAAGGUGCUGAAUAGCAUCGUGUUGCUGGGAAAGUCGUGUGUGUACGUGAAAGAAGCGAACAUGGAGGAGAAGCUGUUCCAGUCUCCCCCCUCCGCCGCUCCCAGCCGAGCGUCCAGUAGAGCUCAUCAUGCGAAACGCACACGAGAGCCAACGAGCGAGCCAGUGGAAGAGGGCAUAUCUCCGUCAAUUAUAACUCAACCUGUCCACCAAAUGGAGAGCCCCAUGCCUGAUCUCCCGAGCAGCAGAUCGGAUCAGUUCCUCACGACGCCAGACGAAUCAGAGGAGAAGAUCAUUACGCAGGACGGAACAGAGCUCAUCCACAGAGCUCCUAAGAAAGACCUGCUGGAGAUCGAUCGUUUCACGAUCUGCGGGAACCGAAUCGACUGACGCUCGACUGUACAGAAUGACGAAAGCUAGACGGUGUCUACUGGCUUGACCUUUUGACCUUUGACCCUCUGCUUGAAGGAUCAGGGUAGAAAGAGAGAGCAGGAUAUUUAUUAAGAAGUGCACCUAAUUUAUUUAAGUUUCAAACUGAAACACACUCAUCAUUACGUUCUUCUCUGUACCAGACCCGAGGAUAAUUCCGGCCUUUCCGAAGGUCCUCAUUUACUCGGACAGCACCAGGAACAGACCUUGACCUUUCACCAUCCUGACGGACAGAAAGAAAGAGUGACUGAUCACUUAGGUCAAUGACUAAACAAAAAGACCAAUGUUAAUAUGAGUUCAGUCAUGACUAAACUUUAGGUCAUUUUGAAGUGGUAGCUUAAAAUGUGGCAUUUUUUUUCAUGCUAAGUUGCUUUUUUUUUUUUUUUUUUUUUUUAAAGCUCUGAAGUUGCACAUGUUUCUCACUUUGCUUUUUUUUUUUUUUUAUAUCAUUUUUUGCGAACAGUGAUUUGAACCCAUUGAUUUAUGCUUGUGCAGAAAUGACAGAUGAGUAGAUAGCACUUUAUAUAAAGGUUCCCUUAACUAACGUUUAGUUACACGUUAACAUAAAAAAAAAUUAGCAUUAACAAACCAUUAGCAAUGUUAACAAAGUAACAAGGCAAGUUUACAGAUGUGUUAAUUGGCAUUUGUUUAAAUGUUAAUAAAAUACAUCUGAAUACAUUGACUGUUUAUUUAUUGCUGAUUAAUGCAGGCUGAAUAUUUGAAACAUCAAUUAAUACAAGUAGCUACUUAGAUACUUUGUGAUUUAUGGUGUAUUAAUGCUAAAGUUCAUUGUUGAUGUUAACUGAUACAUUAAAUGUCAGUUACAGGAACCUUAAUAUAAAGUGUUACUGAUAAAUAACUGUGUAAAUUGAGUACAACAUGUCAGCAUUAGCCCAGCAUUAGACUGAAAUAUCUUAGUUAAUUUUCUGAAGAGUGAAUUUGGACCAUUUAAAGUAAGCACAAAUGUACAUUGAAGACUCUGCAGCAUAUCCCGAGUAGAAAAACGUAAGCUGUAUUGUGCUCUUAAUCCUUUUUUUUUUUUUUUUUUUAAACAGCAAAGCUAAAAUGUGUGUUUAUUUCAAAGCAUUUUAUAAGUCAGGUAUUUUUAUAUUUUUUCUGCCAGUCUUAAUUUAAGCUGAACACUUUGUUAAUGUCGUACAUUACACUUCAAUGCUUGUGAAUUGCACAUUAGUUUGUUACAUAGACAUUAAAUAUGUAUAGUUGUUUUUUUUUUUUUUUUUUUUUUUUUUUUUUUUUUUUUUUUAAAUACAGUCACAUCAGAUACUGAAUAAAACACUAUAGACAAAAUCCAAUAAAGUUACUUGGCAGUUAAUAGUAUAUACAAGAUAAAUUUAGAAACUCAUUUCAUGUAUAUAAUAAAAAAUAUGUUCUGUUUGAGCCCCUGGAUAAAAAAAAAUCCAUUGUUGGUUUCUUUUCUUUUAUUCUUCAAACAUCCAAAUUGAUAUAUAUGAUAUUUGACAUGUUUUCAGUUGCUGUAUUUUACAUAUUAGUAGUUGUGUUUGUUUCCCCUACAUAAUAUUUUGAAUAUCUAAGUAGAUCUUUGUUUUUAAAUGCCAAACAGAAAUUGCUGUUAUUACUUGCAGUUUCGUACCAGCAACGUUCAACAUAAUGCCAUAUUCAUAACAUAACAUAAUCAUAAUAACAUAAUCUCCUCAUGUCUGUUAAUAUCUGUUACAGUAAUACAGUGGCUUUAUACACCUUUAAUUCUUCAUUGCUGAUUUGCAGUGCUUUAAUUUUUUUGGAUUUCAUGCAACUUUUGGUCAUAAGGGAUGUUUUGUUUGAACAAGAUCAAGUCUCUUGUACUCCAAUACUGAUCUCCAAUAAGUCGCCGAUUUAAAAAAAAAAAAAAAAAAAAAAAGUCAACAAAUACAAUUUAAUUCAUUUUAAUAAUUUGUACAUUCCAAGAAUUCGAAUGGUUGAAAAUGUGAAAAUAUGCAAAAUGUGCAUUACUUCAAGCAAAUAACACGUUCAAUUGUUUUGUUCUGCUCUAAAUGUUACAAAUCUGAAGACCUAAAGUGGAUCUUUCGAGCUUAAUUUCUAGUAGGAUUCCAAUGGAAUUUGUAAUCACGUUUAUGAAGACAAAUUUGCCCUUAGACUAUAAUACAUUUUAUAUCUAAAAAUGAUUUUGGAUGUUGUUACAUUAACAUCCAAAAAAAAAUAAAAAAUGCUCUACAGCGUAAUCAUCAUUUUUCUACAGCUUUCCGGUGAUUGUUGAAUAAUUCAUUUAUUAGCAUCUCAGUAAGCUUGUGAAGUAUAUAUUUGCCAAAAAUGUCUGCAUUGUUUCGUUUCUUUUUAUUUGAAGAAAUUCCAAAAAUUAAGAUCAUUCCAGCAGUGUAUUGAAGUGUCAAAAUUUUUAUUAGUCAUUAUACAUAACGCUGUGUAACGCAGCCUUAUGCCAUAUGUUUGUUAAAGAUGCUCUGAUUUUGAUUCAAGAUUUAUAUUUGAGUUUAUAUUGUAAUUGCUUGGAACCAGAAUGGUGGAAGUGACUUGGUGGAAAAUCAUCUUUUUUUUCGGAUUAGAACAUUCACUAAAUCAAUCUAAAGAUUCAGAUACCAUUAAGAGCUUUGAUUUAGCGUAUACAGCUGUCUGAAAUGUCACUUACAUGCCUCUGCUUCCAAGCCUUUGAGUUGCUCUUGUAUGUCUGAGCUUCAGAAAUUCAUCAGGUCAAUACUUUUUUAAUUUUAUUAUUUUUUUUAUUUUUUAAAUAAAGUAAACUGGAAGCCUUCAUACCAGCAUAACAUUUAUAGUUCAAUAUAUUUUGCGAGUUUUUUAUUUUUUAUUUUUUUUCUUAAAGCUCUCUAACUUACUGGAUGUUUCUUUGAUAAAACUGUCCACAUUGUCUGUCAAUUUCAACCAUCAAUUUGAAUUUGUGAUUAAUUUUUUUUUUUCAUUCCUCAGAAAUAGAGUGAGAUUGUUACAUUAUUUGUUGAGAUGGAUUUUCAGGGCAAGGGUAGAGGAAGAAGGAAUUGUGUUGCUGAAUAAAUGUUUUGUUUUGUA